AUGUGCGAACGAACGAGAUCUGAACGAUUUAUGAAGUCAUGGUUUUGGAAAUAUUCUAGUGUUGACAUGUACAAUAGUGGUGAUGACCAUGAAUUCUCCAAUGAUUAUGUUCUGGAAAGACAAAAGUACCUCUAUGAAAGAAAACUGCUGAAUGGAGCAAUGCUUAUUAAAUGUGAUGUUGGCGGUGAGAUAUACCUCCGGCAAGGUUUCCCAUGCCAGAAAGUCUCAAUUGAAAGGCACUUUGUCUAUCAUCGUAAUCAUGGCGAUUCAGACAAUAAGAUAAUAAGAAAGGUUUACAACGUAUGGGGCUUUGUUCAUUUCGGUGGAUAUGAUGAUCUGGACCGUUGA